UAAUUAUUUUCCCCCAAAACCUUGUUCACGUAACAUAACCUACCUCUCUCUCAUCGCGUAAAACACAGUCGUUACAGAGUCGCACUACUCCACACUCCUCCCCCUCGCUCCGGCCGCGCUCCCUCUGCUCCGGCCGAGCCCCCCCCUCCUUCUCCGGUCGCGCCUCCUCGCCGUGCCCCAACGGUACUCGUGUGACCUCUAGGUGAUGAAUGUGAGCACUGAGAAGCCCUACCCAACAUUUUGACACUGAUUUCUCAAGGCAAGAAUCUCAGUUGAGUAAUUAAAGGAGAGCGACUUGUUGGCCCCAGUGUGUGGAUUAUGGCUGAUUCGGUUGUUACGUCUGACAAAUCUUCCACUUCCUUGCUGAACCAUGCUCGAAUCAUCUGUCAUGUAUGCCAGAAGCAGUUCUCUGAAUACACAUGUCCUCGAUGCAAUUCACGAUACUGUUCCCUCCAAUGUUAUAAAUCUCAUAGUCUUCGUUGUACUGAAUCCUUCAUGAAAGAAAAUGUAGUUCAGGAGCUUCAGCAAAUGCAGCCUGAUGAACAAGCCAAACAUAAAAUGUUGGACAUACUAAAGAGAUUUCAUUCAGAAGAGGAAAUGGAUAGCAUGGAUGAGGAUGCUUCUGCAGAUUCAAAUUCAUCAGAGGAAACAAUGGAGAAAAUUUUGUCCGGACAAGCAAUCAGUUUUGAUGAUUUAUCACUUGAAGAGAAGAAACGUUUUCAUAGAGCAAUUGCUUGUGGGGAAUUGAGCAAGAUGAUCAAACCAUGGGAACCAUGGUGGACAACGCCUUCAGCCAGAAAAAUCCGUCUUAGUAAGGAUGGAACUCAACUCGUUCAACCGCUAUCAGAGCAGGAAUCGCAAGAUGAAGUUGAAAGUGAUGAAUCCAGUGACAUUCCUCCUGGCCCUGAAACCCCUCUCCCUCCUCUAAACAAGCUUAGUUCCAAGGAGCCAUCACCACUUUUAACUGUUCACCUAGUUGAUAUUCUAUAUAGCUACUGCUUCACUCUUCGCGUCUACAACGGAGAUUGGAGGUCAGAUCCCCUAGGAUCAGUUAUGGUUGUGUUGAGUGUGUCCUCAGUGUUGGGUCGUUGCGAACAACCCGAAACUGUGAUGGAAGCCCUCUCUCAUUGCUUGGAGCAGACAUGCUCUCCAGCUUACAGACACAUGGGAGGGUUGCAAUUUGGUUUGGGUGUUGUUGAUGAUGUGAUUAGUCUUCUUGCAUUGGGAAGUUCUGCUCUGGUGUGUGCCCUUUGCGAUAUGCGUCGGUUGGUUCAAGAAGGCGGAAAGGAGAACAAAUCAGAAAGAAGGCCAAGAAGGUUGAGGAAGGAUGAGAUUAGAAGUGCUAUUAAGAUGGCAGAGAGGAAGAUAUAUUUCAUUAUGUGUUGGGUUCAUGAGCAGCCAGAGGAAGCUUGGUCUUCUUUGGCAGCCAUUGUGGGAGCAGAAAAGGUAUCAGCUGUGGAAUUUCAUGGGAGUAAUAAGGCUGAAAGAUUGUUGAACAAUAAAGCAGAAACCAAAAGCAGAUGUUUAAUAGAGGAGAUUUAACUGUCAUCCCUUUACCUGUGGACCCAAUUUGUUUGCAAAGAUGUUGUAAAUUAUACCUCCUCUGUUCCUUAAUAUAUGUCACUUUAAGGUUUUGACACAUGUAUUAAAGAAUAGUAUUAAUGUUCUUGUUUCUGUAAAAUUACUAUCUAACUUCUUAAUAUACCCUUUAUUUUUUUUUAUUAA